AAGAAACAUUUCUCCAAGAAGAGUUACGUAUAGCUAGCCUUGUAAGUAAAGCUCUAAACUUCAUUAAUUCAUUUCCUUCCAAUUUUCAUCAAAAUGAAGGAUACUUUAGUUCUAUACCCAGCUCUUGGAAAAGGACACCUUAACUCUAUGGUUGAAUUAGGCAAACUCAUAUUAACACAUAAUCCUUCACUUUCCAUCACUAUUCUCAUCCUUUCACCACCAAAUACCAAACCACAAUCUUUGCAAGAUAUUCAAACACUUGUCAAAGCUUUUGCUUGUGAAUCUUUUCCUUCUAUUACUUUCCAUCACAUUCCUUCCAUUUCAUUUUCCUUCACACUUCCACCUCACAUACUCCCCGUUGAACUAUCUCGUCGUAGCAACCACCAUGUUGCCCAUAUUCUACAAUCUAUUUCAAAAUGUUCAAACCUCAAAGGUGUUAUCUUGGAUUUCAUGAACUAUAGCACAAACCAAAUCACUUCAACACUUGACAUACCUACUUAUUUUUACUACACUUCAGGAGCUUCUUCUCUUGCUGUAUGUCUUCAACUUCCAACCAUUCAUCAAAACACCACAAAAUCCCUUAAAGACUUUCACAUGCAUCCUAAGAUCCCUGGGUUACCUAUGAUUUCUAUAGAGGAUAUGCCUGAGGAAGUUAAGGAUCGUGAGAAUAAAGGUUACAAGGUUUUCUUGGAUAUUGCAAGAAGCAUGAAGGAAAGUGAUGGAGUUAUCAUAAACACUUUUGAUGCCAUUGAAGAAAGAGUAUUAAAAGCUUUAAAAGGUGGGUUGUGUCUUCCCGAAGGAACAACACCUCCCUUAUUUUGUAUUGGACCAAUGAUUUCACCUCUUUGUAAGGUGGAAGAUGAAAGAGGGAGUGUGUGUUUGAGUUGGCUUGACUCACAACCUAGUCAAAGCGUCGUGCUAUUGAGUUUCGGAAGCAUGGGAAGAUUUUCUCAGACUCAGUUGCAUGAGAUAGCUUUUGGAUUGGAGAAAAGUGAACAAAGAUUCUUGUGGAUUGUUAGGAGCGAGUUGGACUUAGAAGAGUUGAGUUUGAAAGAGUUAUUGCCUGAAGGAUUUUUGGAGAGGACAAAGGAGAAUGGUUUAGUGGUUAGAAAUUGGGCCCCACAGAGAGCAAUAUUGAGUCAUGACUCGGUGGGUGGGUUUGUGACACAUUGUGGAUGGAACUCAGUAUUGGAAGCUAUUUGUGAAGGAGUGCCUAUGAUAGCGUGGCCUUUGUAUGCUGAACAAAAUUUAAACAAAGUGUUUUUGGUUGAUGAAAUGAAGAUGGCUAUAAAAGUAAAUAAAUCGCAAGAUGGACGUGUGAGUGGGAUUGAGUUAGGGGAGCGAGUAAAGGAGUUGAUGGAAUCUGACAGUGGAAAAGAGAUUCGAGAAAGGAUUUUGAAAAUGAAAAUAAGUGCUAAGGAAGCUAGAGUAGGUAGUGGAUCUUCUCUUGUUGAUAUGAAAAGGUUGGGAGAUUCUUGGAGGGAGCAUGCUUCUUGGGAUAGUUCAUCACCAAAUUCCCCCUUGGCUUGUUGAAAGUGAGAAGUGAGAACUAUAUCAUUUAUAAAGUAUCUUUGUACCAAUAAAAACUUUGUGAUAUAAGUGAAUGUUUUCAAACAAGUUUGCAUUUUCAUGGUAGUUAGGGGACAAUUGCCUUAUUGAUAGUUAGGGUAUUUUUCAUAUUCUUUCCUUUGGAGUGUUUUUAUAUAUGAUUGUAUUUUGAA